AUGUCAACUAUUGAUAAUUCAGAUACUACAUCCAUUAAUUCUACAGCUUCAACUGCUUCACAAUAUACGUCUUCAAACUCAAAUUCAUGGACUUCUUUUUUAAAAUCAAUUGCUUCGUUUAAUGGUGAUUUAAGUUCAUUAACUGCUCCACCAUUUAUAUUAUCUCCAACUUCAUUAGUUGAAUAUUCUCAAUAUUGGGCAGAACAUCCAGAUUUAUUUAUAGCUCCAAAUAAAUUAUCAUUAACAGAAAAUGCUCAAUCAUCAGAAGUUGAAGCAAUAUCAUUAAAGAGAAUGAUUGCUGUUACUAAAUGGUUUAUAUCAACUUUAAAAUCACAAUAUUGUUCAAGAAAUGAAAGUAUGGGAAGUGAAAAAAAACCUUUGAAUCCAUUUUUAGGUGAAGUUUUUGUUGGUAAAUGGGAAGAUCAAAAUUCAGAAAUAGGUGAAACUGUAUUAUUAAGUGAACAAGUCUCUCAUCAUCCACCAGUUACAGCUUAUGCAAUUAAGAAUUCAGAAAACAAUACUACAUUACAAGGUUAUAAUGGUGUUACAGCUACAUUUUCUGCAACUUCAAUAAAUAUAAAACAAUAUGGCCAUGCAUUAUUAAAUUAUCAAAAUUUAAAUGAAACUUAUUUAAUUACAUUACCACCUUUACAUAUCGAAGGUUUAAUUACUGCUUCGCCAUUUGUUGAAUUAGAAGGUACUUCAUAUAUACAAGGUUCAAAUGGUUUUUAUACAAUUAUUGAUUAUUCAGGUAGAGGUUGGGUAAGUGGAAAAAAAAAUACUUUUAAAGCAAGAAUUUAUAGAGAUUCUUAUGCUUCAACACAUAAAGAAAAUGCAUUAGUUACAAUAUCAGGUCAAUGGAGUGGUAAAAGUUAUAUAAUAAAAGGUCAUCAUACAGCAACUUCAAAAAAUGGUGAAUUAUUUUAUGAUGCAAAUAUUAUUAAAGCAAAUCAUUUAAUUGUAAAACCAAUUGAACAACAAAAUGAUUUAGAAAGUAGAAAAGCUUGGUUUAAAGUUGCUGAAGCUAUUAAAAAAUCAGAUUAUAAUUUAAUUCAUCAAGAAAAAUCAUUAAUUGAAAAUCAACAAAGAGAAUUAAGAAAAGAAGAAAAACAAAGUGGAAUCAAAUGGGAAACAAGAUGGUUUGAUAAAAAAGAUUAUCAACCAGCAAAUGAAGAACAAAUUCAUGAUGAUUUUAUUAAUUUAACUAAUUUAUCAAAUUUAUCAAUUCAUAAUGCACCUUCUGGAUCAUUAAAGAAAUCAAAAUAUGAUCAUGGAGAAGCAAAUCAUUGGAGAUUUAAUAAAGCAAAAUGGGAUAAUGAAAAAGAGAUUACAAUUUAA